GCGUGGAGGUUUGCUUACAGUUGCAUAUAAACGUACUUUGCACGCUUCGACCUUCUGAAUGAGCAAAUCACUUUCAUCUUAGGAAAAAUUGGGUUGUCUGCCCUCUGCCAUGUCGAGACUGUCAGUGUGUGACUAGUGUGCCGCAUUUAAAGGGAAUGAGAGGAGCCGCUUUGGUUGGACAUUAUUGAAGUUGGCUGACUUCAAUCCCACAGCGAAACUACCAACACCCGGUUUAACCCGCCUCCACAAAGAUUUACGCUGCCCACCGCGCCGGAUUUAUGCCAGAUGUGCGAGUGUGUGCGUAAAUAUGUGUGUGCUUAAACUUAAACUUUCUGUCUUUGUAUGGCACAACCCUUGAUGGCCCACCUUUAUGAAGACGACAAGAGGAAACCGUGAGCCAUAAUGUGACGGCACCUCGGAGCAGACGGCCGCCUUUGCUCAAUCCAAGAGGGGAUCCGGCUGUGGCUUUGAUAGCGCGUUAAUUACUCAUGUGAUGUGAUACAGAUGUCUGGGGGCUUCAGCUGAAAGUUUGGCUGACGCUUUCCGAGGGGGCCGGGCGGCAGACAAUUUUAUAAGAAGCGUGGAAUCAAAGCGCAGGAAGACAGUGUUCCAUAAUGGGCAACGCGGCCUUGCGUAUGCUGCUGCUAAUGGCUUGUAUGGCGGCCAGAGGAAUGUGCCAGAUAAACAGCACUGGAGCAGAGGAGGGGGACCCCGACCCGGGAUAUCUCCAGCACUCCUCCACCCUCGAGCCCAGCACGGGGCCCGGGGCCCACCCGGAGGCGGCGGUGUCGGCCAACGCCACGGUGGCGAGGAGGCCAGUGCCGCCGCCCAUGUGUUUGGUGACGACCUCCGUCAACAUCUACUUCAAGUACAUCAACACGCUGAUCUCCGUGGUGGUGUUUGUGGUGGGCCUGGUGGGCAACGCCACUCUGCUGAGGAUCAUAUACCAGCACAAGUGCAUGAGGAACGGGCCCAAUGCCCUCAUCGCCAGCCUGGCACUGGGGGAUCUCAUCUACAUCGUCAUCGACAUUCCCAUCAACGUAUACAAGCUACUAGCAUCACGGUGGCCAUUUUACGACAGCGCCUUCGGCCUGUUCCUCUGCAAGCUGGUUCCCUUCCUGCAGAAAGCCUCAGUGGGCAUCACCGUCCUGAACCUGUGCGCCCUCAGCGUUGACAGGUACAGAGCCGUCGCGUCCUGGAGUCGAGUGCAGGGCGUCGGGAUUCCGCUCCUCACCGUCAUGGAAAUCCUCACCAUUUGGGUCCUGUCGAUGGUGCUGGCCAUCCCCGAAGCCGUCGGCUUCGACAUGAUCAGCUUUAACUACCGGAACGAUACCCUCCACACCUGCAUGCUGCAGCCCAAAUCGGACUUCAUGGUGUUCUACAAGGAUGCGAAGGACUGGUGGCUGUUCGGUUUCUACUUCUGCGUACCGCUAACCUGCACCGCCAUCUUCUAUACCCUGAUGACCUGCGAAAUGCUCAAUAACAGGAACGGCAGCCUGCGGAUCGCCCUGACCGAGCACCUCAAACAGAGAAGGGAAGUGGCCAAGGCUGUCUUCUGUCUGGUCCUCAUAUUCGCCCUCUGCUGGUUCCCGUUGCAUCUCAGCAGGAUCCUAAAGAAGAUGGUUUACUACCAGAAUGACGAGACACGCUGCGAGCUGUUCAACUUCCUUCUGGUCAUGGACUACCUAAGCAUCAACCUCGCAACAAUCAACUCCUGUAUCAACCCCAUCAUUCUCUACUUUGUCAGCAAAAAGUUCAAAAAUUGCUUUAAGUCGUGUUUGUGUUGCUGGUGCUACUCGGAAGGCCAGCUGAGCAGCUUCGGAGCAAUGAACGGCACCAGCGUCCAGUGCAAAAGUCCCGAGCCCAACAACCUUCUCACCGACCGCAGCCUGCGGAAAGACAGCGACUGAACACUUUGCACUCAGGCACUAUUACAAACAGUUAGCCCUCCGAAAUAUAUGCAUUAUUAUGACACUUUUUCAGAACUAUACUAGGACUCAUGAUACCGCCUUGCAUGAAAGUGGCAGAGGCACCUAGGAAAAAAGGUUUCAAAGGAGCAGACACGUUGCCUGGAGGACUUCUAAGUCAGGGGAUGCAUUUAAACUGUGAAUUACCGUCACAAUUCCAGUAAAAAGGGCAGGAUGGCGCGACGCAAUGGAAAAGAAGACAAACGUCUGUCAGAGAAAAUGAUGGCAGAUGAGCGCUCGCGUCCAUCCCCGGAGUCGGAAAACAGGAACGCGUGUUAGCGACGACUUAUUCUCCAUUGAACACGCCCGUGGAUGUACUCAUUAUUCAUUUAGCCUCAUUGUGUCACCAACUUCUGCGCUUAAAGUCGCCCGACAUCGUGAAUAUUUCACAAACGAAUGGUCACAUUGAGUACAUAGGAAAGAUUUCCUCACAGAACAAUGUGACGGUGACACUAUAUUCAGGAUAUUUAUGCUCACGUUAUCCACAAGACAUUUACCUGUAUGUGCACUUUUAUAAAGUGUUUUAUUUGGCAGUAUUAGCAAGGUUACCAGGUUACCAGUAAUACAGUGAACCCCCACAUAUUCACUGUUCAGCAUUUGCAAAUUCGCAUAUUUUGGGGGGAAACUAUCCUGCGUUAUAUGCUGAAAAACUCACCUAACUGCUGUUUUUGCACUCACGCCAAAGCCCUGUCUAAUAAAAGAAUAGCACUUUGGUGCCAUCUGGUGGCAUCUUGCAAAGCUACUAUGUUAAAAUGAGGGGACGAGCUUCAUUUAGUCAGGGCCAUAGCCUUGUCUCAUAGAAAAGAAAAAGUCAUUUGCUGCCAUCUUGUGGCAUCUAAAGGCAAUUAACAAUUUUUGGGGGAUGGGCAACAAUCACUCGCAAAUUUCUUUUUUUGGGGGUUCACUGUAGUAAUAGAAGUAGUAGUAGGAUGCAAUAGACUGCAACUCAUAUCACUGAGUAAAUGCUAAGUCUCAUUUUUAUUUUUAUUUCCUUUUAUUUUUUCAUAAUGGCUUACCUGAGUACAUUAUCAAUUUGUUUCCUUGAAGUGAGAAGGGUCUACUUAUUUGGUGAAGCUACGGUAAGCAUCAUGCUAACAUCGCUGAGCCUCCUGACUGGAACAGCUAGCCUGGCUCUGUCCGACUUUCCGAUCCCUGCCAGAAAGGGGGGGGGGGGGGGUAAAAAAAAAAAAAAGGAAUUGAAUUGAAAAAUAAUUUUAUUUGAUGGUCUGUCUCUGUUGCCAGGUGGAUUUUGCUACGCUAGCCAGGCUAACUACCCUGCUAACUAUCUGGUACGCUAAGUUAGCAGCGACUUAGCUGCAACAAACAGAAAGCUAAGUCAGACAUGUCUAUUUCUUCCAAAGAGCUAUUCUUCCAUAUACGUUUGUAGUGAUAAUGUACACUAGUCACACAAACUACAUGUGAAUUUUAUUUUACCGCCUCUAAACUUUCAAAUGCACAUGUCCAACUAACUGUUCAAUGUUUCAGUACUUUUUUGCAAAGGUCAAAUUAGAUUCACCUCUAAAGGUUAUAUUCCAUUUUAGGUUCAUCCUGAAAGUUCACCCGAAAGCCGGAUACAAAACGCUUUUGUGAACAUUGUAUGUAUUUUGGUGUGUUUUAAGAGUGAUGAGUGUAUCUUUCGUUGGAGCGUUUUGCACAUUGUGUACAGAAGCACCGUCCAAAUAUGUACAGAUGCUAACAUUGUUAGCAUCACUUCUUAUCCCAAUAAAUCAAUGACCAGUGCAAGUUUAUUUCUCCAGCCCG